AUGCGAUUGGACGAUGCAAUCUAUCGGCAGUUCUCUCCGGGCAACUCCGCUAGAGCCUUUCUCCGUCGCAUGCCGGCCAUCGAUGUCAAACUUGACCUCGCAAUUAUUCAACUGGUCAUUAGUAUCACUCUCGGAUUUACAAGCCACUUCUGGUUCCCUAGCUUUCUCCGCUUUCUGGUCUUCGAGCGCGUUUCAAGGCUCAGAUCAAUGAUGAGCGUCAUGGGUCUCAAAAAGUCUCAAUAUUUCUUCGGCACCUACGUUGGCCUUUUCUUGCAAUACGCUUGCUCCACUGCGCUUCUCAUCGUGAUCGGUGCUGCUUUUGGUAUCAGCUUCUUUGUUGAUAACACUCCCGUUUCAUAUCUUGUUUUAUUCUUCUUGUGGGGGAAUGUGCUCAUUGCAUUGGCUAUGGCUCUCGUCCCAUUUUUCGACAAUCCUGAAACUGCUCAAACGGUUGGAUGGUUGUUCAUCCUUCUUGUGAACAUCGUAGGAGGGCCUUACUUGGGGCGCCGACUUGGGGAUGACGGUACUGGCGAAGGAACUUGGGCUGCCAUUAUGCUUUUACCAUCCUUUGCGUUUCUGAGAAGCGUUUACUACGCAGGUGCGCUUAACAGUGGCGGCCAGGGGGUCGUUGUUGGAUCCGAAUUUUUCACUGAUGUGAACCUUGGGAUGUGCCGGGGCGAUGGACCCUUUUGCAGGUCUUUCGCUUAUCUUGCCUGGCAGUGGGUUGUCCUCAUGCUUGCAGCGCUUUACUUCGACCAGGUCCUCCCAAGUGCAGUCGGCAACCGCCGCCAUCCACUAUUCUGCUUUGGUUUCACGAGGGAGGCGAAGUAUACCGAAGAUGAAGAACUGACGGCAUCCGACAAGGGGUCAGAUGUGGUCGAGGAAGAGCGUCGCGCGGAAGAGAUUAUCCAAAAUAUCUCGACAAGCGGAUUUGAUGGAGUUGUCUUGCACAAGCUGUCCAAAUCUUAUCCGGCAAGACCACCAGUGAGAGCGCUACAGGACCUCUCCAUUGUAGCCCAGAAGAACGAAGUCAUAUGCAUUCUAGCGCACAACGGUGCAGGGAAGACCACAGCAUUCCGGACCCUUAUUGGCGAACUCGAGCCUACUUCCGGAACAGCAUUCGUCAACGGCAGAUCCAUUCUCAGUGAGAUGAGCGAGGUACACCGAAGCAUGGGCGUGGCACCACAGCAAAACAUCUUGUGGGAUGUAUUGACUGUACAGGAACAUUUGUUCUUCUAUGGACGUGUCAGAAACCUUUCCGGACAAGAGCUAAAAGAUGCAGUGGAGAAUGCCAUGGAUUCUGUGCAGUUAGCGUUUGCACGAAAGCGGAAAGUUCGCGCAUUAAGCGGUGGAAUGAAACGCAGGUUAUCAGUGAGUAUUGCGAUGAUUGGGAAUCCGGAAUUUAUCAUUUUGGAUGAACCGUCAACCGGCCUGGAUAUUCUGGCAAGGGAAAAAUUGUGGGAGGCAGUUGGACGCGCAAAACAUAACAAAGCAAUUAUGCUCACGACGCACUCAUUGGAAGAAGCAGAAACACUGAGUGAUCGCGUCGCUAUCAUGUCUUACGGAAAGCUGAAGUGCAUUGGAAAGGCAGAAGAACUCAAGAUGCGAUACGGCCGAGGACACCACUUCAGUGUAUCUCUUCCAGCUGCCAAGGUACCAGAGCUUCAUGAUGCCUUGACGACCAUUGCUCCUGGUGCACGAGUAGAAACCGAGUUAGGUGGAAACAUUGAGUACGUCUUGCCGAAAUCGUUCAAAAUCCCACAAAUAUUCGCCCUAAUGAACGAGAAGAGGGAUGCUCUUGAAAUCCGCGAUUGGUCUAUCAGCCAAGCCACAUUGGAAGAUGUAUUUUUGGAAGUCACUCAACGCAGUGAUCCAGAGAAUCUCAAAGAAGGCGGUAUGUUCACUAUUUGUCUGACAUCACGAAACCACCUGCGGUGUACCCUGCUUUUGGAAAAGGUCCGGGCUCUUUGUAGCCCUGUCGAGAGUUCUCCGUCAGAGCCUUUCCGCCAACAGCUUCUCUUCAAAAAUAAAAUGAGUUAUGGAUUAAACAGCGCAGAAACGUUUCGACUUGCUUCUGGAAUUCGCGGAAGAAGUGAAAGUGACUUUUUAGAAAAUGGCUUCUGA